ACCAGCGCAAACUGCCGUCUCUGGCGUGAGGCUGCGCCGCUAUCUUGGGUGAGGGCAGCUCUGUCCGCUCCUCGGAGCGCUCCGCAUUUCCUCAUAAAUCCAGCGGGGAACAGCAGAAUCCGCCUGGAAAUGCCGGGACUGAGCCUAAAUCCCCUGGGGAUGGAUCCUAAUCUCCCCUGGGAUUCAGCCAAAGCACCCAAAUCCUGGAGCUUUUAUGCAUAAGGGCGGUACGGGAAAGAGCGGGCGUCCAGCCCCUUCCCGUCCUUCCUGAGGCGGCUCCGCAAUUUGCUUGGCACCGCCACGGGGACCGGUUCUGGGCCGGGAACGGCAAAAUCCGCCAGGAAAUGCUGGAACUUAGCCUAAACCCCCUGGGGAUGGAUCCUAAAUCCCCUGGGAUGGAGCCAAAGCGCCCAGAUCCUGGAGCUUUUAUGCAUAAGGACGGUACUGGAAAGGGCGGGCGUCCAGCCCCUUCCCGUCCUUCCUGAGGCGGCUCCGCCUUUUCUUGGCGCCGUUCCCGGAACUGUUUCUGCGCUGGAACCGCCGCUGGUCCCGAAGCUCCUUCGCCACCAGAGCGUCCCCAAGGUGUCCCUAAGGUGUUCCCAAGGUGUCCCCAGUGACCAUGGAGCCCAAAGAGCUGUCCCCGGCCCUGCUGCAGCCACAGGUCAGGGUGGUGUCCAUCCGGCGCAAGCUGCUGGACACCCUGCCCAGGCGGGACGAGGACACGAUGCUCGUGUCCCCAGUGUGCCUGCACUGGGGCCUGGAGGAAUUCACCAAGGAGCUCCGGGUCACCCUGCACCGCAUUGAUGACACCUCGUGGCGCCUCAAUGUCACCUCCGACGAUGACGAUCCUCGCACCUCCCUGAGCCGGGCCCUGGCCGCCUACAAGAGCACCCCAGGGACCAACUGGGAUCGAGUGACAAUGGCAGCCAGCAAGUGGCAGUGUUUGGAGUCUGUGCUUGUGGACAGCUGGGCCCGGCUGGCCAGGACGGCCACCAAGCUCCACAGCACCUGCAGGGGGGUGGUCACCUGGGCCAGGGAGCUGCAGGACGAGGCUGCCCGUGAUGGGACAGCUCAGGAAAAUAGGGGGGAGCUGGGUCAGGCCAUGCACAGGGAGGAGGGGGCCAAGGUGGUGGCCGGGCAUGGAGACCAGGUGAGGAGAGUGGCCAUGGUGGCUGCCAGCCAGGGAAGAAGGGCCACCAUGGAGAGACAGUGGAUGGAGGCGGCCCUGGGGCUGCUGGAGCGCUUGGUGGCCGUGUGUGACGAAGCCACCGCAUUCCCCCGGGAGCUGCAGCGCAGGGUUGGUGACAUCGAGGCCGCCCUGGAGGUGACAAAUUGGGUGUCCGCCGAUGUCCCCGAGGGCUUGCUGGCCAAGGUGGCCGAGGCCGAGCGGCUGUGGCUGGCCAACGCUCUCCUGGCCAAGGGUCACAUGGUGGGAGCCAUUGACGACAUCAUCGACUACUAUAGCACGGGUGGUCCCACGGGCCCCAGUGCCUGUGGGGUGGCCGAGCGGUGCCAAAGAGCCAUCGAGGACAUCCCAAGGCUCCUUCAACCCCCAGAGUGUCCCCGGAGCAUCCCCAAGAUCUCCCCAGUGUCCCCUCCGCAGCUGCAGGCGCUGGUGGCCGUGGUGGCCACCCUGGGCACGGUGGCGGCCGCCGUGAUGGCGCCACACUGGGACAAGUCCCCAAACUUGCACGAGGACCUGAGGAGAUUCACCCAGAGCCUCCAUGCGACCCUGAACCUUGGUAAUGUCACCUUCCUGGGCCACCCUGGUGUCACAUCCCUGGGCCACCCUGGUGUCCCCUCCCUUGUGGUAAGUUAGGGACAGGCGAUCGGAAGGUAUCGCGUUGUACGGGCAGACAGAAGCGCUCCUCUCAGCUGUUGAAGAUG